AUGACCUCAAUUCGAUUUAUUUUCGUUAUAAUUUUGUUAUGCUCAACAGCUCAAUCGCUUGAGUUCGAAUGUUUCUUUUAUAAAAUUAAUUCUUCUAUAAUUGGUGAGCUCUACAACUGCGAUGCAACGGUCAUACAUACUGGAAAUCCCAACGUUCUUGAAGCAGUGCGGGGAAAUCAUUCAGCAGGGUUGAAUAACUAUCUUGUCCAAAGCAUUAACAUGAAUGAUUAUUCUCAUCAGUUACGACAACUUCCAUCAAACAUUUAUCAAUUUUUUCCUAGUUUAGUAGAAAUUAACGUUAGAAAUUCUGGAUUGAUGUCAAUAACAGCAGACGAUCUUCAACCUUUUCCACUUUUAUUCGUUCUCGGUGUUACUGACAACAAUAUUACACAUUUAGAUGGAAAUUUGUUUCAACAUACGCCCAACCUCAGGAUGGUUAACUUUAUGAAUAAUCGCAUUGAAACAGUUGGACCUGGGUUAUUAGAUGGGCUAGAACCUCUUAGACAACUUGGAAGUGCUGUGAUAUUUUGGAAUAACGUCUGUAUAGAUGAAAGUGCCUUUUACCGAGAAGACAUCGAAGCUUUAAUUCAAACUUUAGAAACGAACUGUCGUCCUCCUGUCACAACGACUAACACCCCAAGCACUACAAUAGCAACAACUGAGGCACCAGUUGAUGAAUGUCCAUCGAGUUGUCGCACAUUAAUUGAUUCAUCGUUCAAUGAAAUUGAAUAUUUGAGACAAAAAGCUUCGACAUCUGAAUCGAGAAUUGAACAGUUGGAAAUGCAAAUGAAGGAAAUUUUUGAGAAAGUUCAAUUAUAG